ACUAGUGCGGUAAAAGAACAGGAAAGGGAGGGGAAAAACUGAAUAGGGAGAAGACCUUUGACUCCAGGUCGAUGCUUUCAUGACAUACGGCGUUUAGGUUGCAAACGAUAAACAAUGAACUAGGCUGCGUCGCCGUGGUUUUGGGAGGGAUAAUCAAGCUUUCCUACGGCAUACAAAUGGAAUUGCGUUGAAAAAGGAGGACACCGAGCGCAUCCAUUUUCAUUGCCGUUUGUCGUUUCUGCAGUGUUGCCACUUAAAAAGGAGUUUGGAGAUGUACGAUCUGUUUUGGCAAAGCGUGAAGUACGGGUCAAGUAGAAAAAUGCUAAAUUCUGGAUUGAAUCUGGGAUAUUUUGGGGGAUUGCAAUGUUGGAUGAAUUUACAGGUUCUGUAUUUGCCGGGAAUUCUUGAGUUACAUUGCUUUUGCUGGCAUGGAAACAGGAGUCCUCAAUGUCAACGUUCUCCCAUUGAAAAUAUGACUUGCGUGCGGCUUCGCGAUGGACCGCGGCAUCUUCCGACCUGCGUACAAAUUCGGGGUUUCGUCACCUGCUGUAUUCGUCUCAACUUGUCUCAAAGUGAACAAACGACCAUAAGUGCUUAACUCAUUCACUCCCAAAGACGUUUUUAAACGUCUUUUCAGACUUGGUCCAGAAUUGGCUGCUACUGAAUGACUUAAUCAAACUUUCUUUUGGUUAGCUCUGCUGCAAGGGGACAGAAUCCAUUCUGUCUCGUCGAUGUAGUAAAGGCCACCAAAACGAAACACAAUCACAAAUCCCCCCCGGCAUUGCAUAACGCCAUAUCUCUGUACUUUGUUCUUGACAAAUUCGUAUCUGUGCUAAUGGUAGACUUGUCAUAUCCCACUAGCUAAUCGCAACGGGUGAGUUGGCAGCACGUUCAGAUAAAAAGAGAAACCCGAGAUGGGUUGACUGUUAUACAAGUCAAGCAUUCGAUCGGAAUUAGUUUCAUAGACCUGCAAUGUAGUAUUAGGAAUGAAUAUUCCUGAAAAGACGGCAAAAGGUUAGGUUUGGUAACUAGAUACCGGAAGAACCGCCGCCUGACUUGUCCCGAGAGAUCGCACUUCAAAUAAUGUCACAUUUUUGCGGCUAGCUCGGCCCGCCAUCUACACUCGUGUUGCAAGUAAAGUCGUGGUAGGAAAAACUAGUAACACGUGUGGAGGAUUUAAACGGUUGCACGUGCUUUUGAUCGUCCGGAGGAAACGUCGCGAGAGGUUACGCAACCGCGUCGGCCUUCGGGAGGCCGAGCCCUCGACCGACCUCAGCUGUGAAAACAGUACCGAUGUUUUGAUGGAUUCUGAAGAUCUGAUCUUCCUUGUCGUGAUCCUCAUUUCUGAGCCCCCCCCAACCCCCCCCCCCCCCCCCCAAAAAGCAUUGGCGGAAUGUGUUUUAAAUGAUUCGCAUGUAUUUGGUGUACUUUCAUCUGUCAACAAAGAGGAGAUCUUGAACUUUUGUCUCCGGGCAUUUCUUUUGCAUCCUAGGUCUGCGUUCACGGUUUAUCGGAACAAAUUUGAGCACCAACGCUUCUUUUUGUUUAAAGUCAGCUUUCGGAUUUAUUUAAAAGAUUAUCCGUGAUGUAGAGUUUAAGAGUGAGUUAUCCUCCCCGAUCUGUUUGGAAACCGGAAACAUUUUGAACACAAAAUAUAUGAGGAGUUAGGACAUGAGUUUUUCCACCUCAUGUUUGUGGUCUUUCACAUUUUAAAAAUCAGUCCGGACGCUAAAAGUCUAUUUUUGUGUCCCCCUCUUCUUCCUCGAGAGCAAACGCUCUCACGACUUCAGACGUUCCUUUCCUACAGCGAGCAGCCAGAUUAAAGAUCGCAGUCGACCGCAUGGACGAAUGGAUGAGGUCAGAUCAGCCUUAGAUCUCCAACACAGCUGACAGCAACAUGGACAAAUGGACGCGUGUUGACGCCUCCACAUAGAGGCCAUGACAGUCGUACAAAAAGCUAGCCAGUUGGUACCACAGACACGGGGACCACCCACUUGACCAGGCCGGAGGAAAGGGGCCACUGAAGCUUUGAGCAUCCCAUGAAGGAUCUCAAGAACAGAUGUGUGCAAAUUUGGAGGUGUACUGAUAACCACCAAGCGUCAAAACACAAUGGGAAAUUGAGUUGCAAGCCGAACAACUGUCAGCCCUGCCACCAUUAUCCUCGCAUUGAUCCCUCGCUCGACAUGUUUGCGUGGUGCAGUCUCGGGUGCUGUGAACAAUAACCUUUGGAAUUCAUCAAGAGACAAAACGCUAUCCCACAGCAGAUGGAAAACCAAUCGGGUGAGUGAGCGUCGCUACACCCGCCGCUGUCUGUCAAGAGCUCACCCCGGCGGAAUGGCUUGGCAUCACAACAACGCCGUCGUCAUCUCAGUUGUGUCUCAUUCAGUCGGAUGAGGCAGAAUUUGACAGGAUAAACACGUCCAAGCAGGUACUGCGCUACACCAAAUGAUAAGAUAGAGGCGGCCAACAUGGAGUCCAUCCACCAGUUCCGUCAUCAAGAAUCCUGUAAUGUUUGUUCCAUUAAUUUGGACGCAUAAUCCGUUUCUUGGACUCCACACAUCCAUGACCCGAAUGAGGAUAACCGGUCCAGAAAAUAGACGGUCGGGUCGCGGGGCAUGCUGGAGCCUAUCCCAGCUGUCUUCGGGCACGAGGCCGGAACCGGAAUCGAACCCUGCACCUCUGCACUGUGAGGCGCUAACCAAUCGAUCACCGAGCCGCCCGGGUCUCCCACAACGAUGUCUAAGAAGUCGCCGUGACCUCCUUGGACUCACAAUGUCAGCUCAUCUUCCAAUAACUCUCCGAGACAGCGGGUCGCAAUGUUUGGCUCGAAAGAGGACAAAGGGUACGUCUGCCUCGUUUGGUUCUCGUUUCCAACUGCUCGAGUCAACCGGGUUGCCCGUGUCUACCAAUCAGCUCCUUCCAGCUGCUCGUGUCUGGCGCAGCAUGGACAAGAAAGUGGUGUUGAUCACCGGCUGCUCCUCCGGCAUCGGCCUCAGCUUGGCGGUCCGGUUGGCUUCGGACCCGGAACAAACAUUUAAAGUAUACGCCACCAUGAGGAACCUGGCCAAGAAGGAGCGUCUUCUAGAGAGCGUCAAAGGCCUGCACAAAGACACGCUGGACGUUCUUCAGAUGGACGUCACGGACCGCCAGUCUAUCCUCGACGCCAGGGACAAGGUUGCGGAGAAGCGAGUGGACAUUCUCGUCUGUAACGCCGGUGUGGGUUUGAUGGGUCCACUGGAGGCUCACUCUCUGGACUCCAUGAAACAAAUUCUAGAAGUCAACCUUCUGGGCACCAUUCAGACCAUCAAGGCCUUCCUGCCCGGGAUGAAGGCUCAGCGUAAUGGUCGUAUCCUGGUCACAGGCAGCAUUGGAGGCCUUCACGGCCUGCCCUUCAACGUGCUCUACUGCGCCAGCAAGUUCGCCAUCGAGGGCGCGUGCGAGAGUUUAGCCGUUCUCCUGCAACAUUUCAACAUCUAUGUCAGCCUGAUCGAGUGCGGCCCUGUAAACACCAAUUUCCUGGUCAACCUGACGAAGGCGGAGCUUGGCGAUCCGUCCCUGCAGCAUGUGGACGCGCGCACGUUGGGCCUGUAUGAGAGAUACCUGCAUCAUUGCAGUUAUGUCUUCCAGAACGCAGCGCAGGACACAGAGGACAUUGUAAAGGUAUUUUUGGAUGCCAUGCAGUCACCCAGCCCGGCCUUCAGGUACUUCACCAGCGGGGCGGUGCCCCCUCUGACCGAGCUGAAGGUGACACAACCGGACGGCCUGCGGUACAUCAGCGCCAUGAGCAAACUCAUCUUCUCGCCCGAUGAGCAGUGACCUCUGCGUUUUGUUCAUUUGGUCAAUUUGUAUUUUGGGGAAAUUAAGUUGACUCACCGUUGUUGGGCAACCUGAAAGCAAGUUCCAUGAAGGCAAUAGCGGAUAUUAAACAUUAAUUUUUUUCUUGGAAAUACUAAUCAAUGAUAUCAUUUAGAAAAGGUAUAGAAAUCAGUUUUGGUGUGCUGAAUAUUUGAAUGUACUUUUUGAGUAAAGUUAU